CUCGACAUUCAAGACGACGAAGGAGAAGACCGAAGGUGGGAUGGCAUUGGGCUGCGGCCUAGUCCAGCGCCUACUUUACACCGAUUGCCCUCCACCUCGCCCAUAUAUUAAUGGCUGACCCGAAUUUCGUAAGUCCUUCACUACCACUCGCUAUCCGUUUCCUCUCUUCCGGUUCCCCAGAUUCUUGUCUCUUCCCCGGCCUGCAUUCUUCCUCCAUACUCCUCUCCACACUUCAUCAAACAUGACUUCGGAUAGCGUGACGAACGGCUACACCAAUGGCGCUACGAACGGUUAUGCCAACGAGCGCACGCCGCUGCGACCGGGCAUCUACUCGCCGACUAUGACCUUUUUCGAUCCGGAGACGGAAGAAGUCGACCUGCCCACGGUCAAGAAACAUGCAGUACGACUUGCCCAAGCCGGCCUGGUCGGUCUGGUAACUAUGGGUUCCAACGGCGAAGCGGUCCACCUGAACCGGGCCGAGAAAGCAGCCAUCACGCGAGCAACACGAGAAGCUCUUGACGAGGCAGGAUACCGUGACGUGCCAGUUAUUGCAGGAGCUUCCGAGCAAGGCAUCAAACUCACCAUUGAGCUUUGCAAGGAGUCCGCCGAGGCUGGUGCUGAGUACGUACUACUGGUGCCGCCAAGCUACUACCGCUACGCGAUGGACGAGGAUGCGAUUCACGAGUACUACACGAAAGUAGCUGAUGGGUCACCACUACCUCUCAUCCUGUACAACUACCCGGGAGCUGUUGCCGGCCUCGACAUGGACAGCGAUCUCAUAAUCAAGCUGGCCAAACACCCGAACAUCAUUGGGACCAAGUUUACGUGCGGAAAUACUGGAAAGCUCACGCGAGUAGCUCUGGCGACCAACGCCUGCACCACCAAGAGCGCCGGCAGCGGAUACAUGGCAUUUGGCGGUAUGGCAGACUUUACUGCUCAAACUGCAGCCAGUGGCGGCUCAGGUAUCAUUGCCGGUGGAGCCAACGUCAUCCCCAAGGUCUGCGUCAAGGUAUGGAAUCUGUGGGCAGAGGGCAAGUACGACGAGGCUUUGGAGCUACAAAAGGUCUUGAGCAAGGGCGAUUGGGUUCUUACCAAGGCCGCCAUCCCAGGAACGAAGUCCGCUAUCCAGUCCUACUUUGGCUACGGCGGCUUCCCCCGCCGCCCGCUGAAGAGGCUUCCCAAGGAGAAGGUGACCGCAGUCGCAGAAGGCAUCCGGGAGGUUAUGGAAGUGGAAAACAGCUUAUGAUAACGUCUGACCCGGUUUCCUUUCCUGCAUUCGUUCAUUAUCAUUUUCCCUUUGGUUGUCCUGGGUCUCGGCGCACUCAUUGCCGAAGCUCGGUCUAACUCCCCCCGGAGUCCAUUUUCACCAACGCAUGUCACUCUGCAUUUAUGAGGGUUCCAUUAUUUGUACAUAAAUAACAUGGGAUGGGUAGGGUAAUAGAGGACGGAUUCCUUACUUGAAC